AUGGAACAAUGCGACUUGCGCUUAACUCUUAUGAUGUUCUUUAGCCUCUUAACGAGGAGAGUCCUCUCCCAAAGCUUGUUACAAAUCUCUAAAAAACGACGUUUUCAGGUCGAUAGCAACGACGAUUCAGGCCGAGCUACGACUUCUUCUGAAGCCUCAUCCGUAUGCGAUUUCCCUGUCGACGAUGAACCUACCGCUUUUUUACCCUACCGUAGUCGACUGCCGUUUGGUUCUACACAAUCGGUAUUCGACCAAAAUGAUUUUUCAACGAUUUCCGCACGUUUGGAACAUAUCAAGCAGGAAUUCUUUGCCGGAACCGAUAAGCCCUAUGCCUCGAUGUCCGGAUUUCAAACUCCCACUACAGCUCUUGGGGCUGCCAUGCAAGACUUGAAUAUGAAAAGUGCAUUCGCUCCCGUGUCUCCUAAGACCCGCCUCAGUCAUCAUCGUGGACUACCUCAAAGAAGCGGCUACAGAAUUUCCGAUCUGCUCCAUGUAAGUGAAGUUUUUGAAAGUGAAGUUUGA